CAGAGAAGUGAAGUGACUUGCCCACAGUCACACCGCUGACAAGUGGCAGAGCUGGGAUUCGAACCCGUGAACUCUUAUCGGAGUGCUAGAGGAGGACACAUUCCGGGUGGAUCUCGGAACCACGCAGAAGGAAGGUCCCUGAGGUGAAGAUGUCCGGCCCGAGGGCAGCCUUGCCGGUGGAGAUGGACAGCAUCACUCAGCUGUUCGGCGACCUGUGCGAAGCCCACCUGUCCGCCGUGUCCUGGGGCGCGUCCCUCGGCCGGCGGCCGAUCGACAAGGAAGGGGCGAGGCGCAGCCUGAAGAGGGUGGCCUACGACACCCUGUUCGCCCACCUGUUCCGGGAUGAGGCCCGCCGGGGGCCGUCCGGCCUGGCCAGGUUUCCCGUGAAAAACCAAGUCCUGAUGCUGUCCUUCGACCUGCGGGUCGGAGGCCUGGGCCCGGAGGCGGACCGGCUGGAGGCCCUGGUGGAGGAGCUGGAGGCGUCCCCCCGUCCCCCCUUCACGGAGAUCCGGGCCGUCUUGGGUCUCCUGGUGCUGUUGUCGGGGACCGGGCCGCCUCGGCCGCUCCCGCGGAAGAGGGACUACUUCCUCAACAACAGGCACGUCGGCCGAAACGUCGGCCACCGGGGCUACGACGAUUACGACGUCAGCGUGUUCGAGGCGGAUAUUCAGUCGCUGAUCGCCGAUGAGGAGCAUCGGUGUCACGACGCCAUCCAGAAGUCGCUUCGGGUGAUGGAAGCGGCUCCGGGGACCGGACUUCCGGGCCUGGGCCUCCUGUCCCAGAACUUCUCCGUCGGAGACAGGUUUGAGAGAGAAACCCGCGUCUCCCUCUUCGGGGCCCUAGUCCACAGCCGCACGUACGAUAUGGACAUCAAGCUGGAUUUGCCGCCCGUCCCCGACAGCGCGGAUCUGUCCGGCCUUGCCAUCAAAGUCCCCCAGAGCAUCGAUCCCUCGGAGGACGAGGGCUUCCAGUCGGCCUCGAAUCUGACUCCCGACUCUCAGUCUGAGCCCAGCGUGACCCCGGACGUCGACCUCUGGGACGCCGUACUCACGUACGGACCCAGCAAACGGCGCUGCUGGGAGAGGAUCGGAUGUCCCCCCGGGAAAAAGGAGGAGCCGUUCCUCACGGAGGCCGGGAGAGAAGCCUUUGAUCAUUUCUAUCGCCUUCGAGAAGGGGAGCUGCAGGUCCUGAGCGGCAGCUUCCUGCAGCCGCCCCAGCUCGUCCUGCUGAAGGAGCGGCAGCUGGUGAAGGACGCCCUGAACGUCCUCAUCGGGGUCGGCUCGGCCACCUUUUCCCUGGACCAGCCCAGCCAGGCGUUCGUGGUCAAGGCCGGAGUCUACGUGUCCGGAACCUCCCCGGAGAGCGUGAGCAGCCUGCUGGCCGAGGUCGCCGACUGCGGGACGUGCUACACCCGGCUCAGCCGCUUCUCCCUUCAACCCGUCCUGGAUUCCUCCUACGACAAGGGCCUCGUGUUUCAGGCUUUCACCAGCGGAUUGAGGAAGUACCUGCAGUAUUAUCGGGCCUGCGUCCUGUCCACCUCACCCACCCUCAGCCUUCUGACCAUCAGUUUUCUCUUCAAGAAGUUGGGACGCCAGUUGAGGUACUUAGCGGAGCUUUGCGGCAUCGGCACGGCCGUCGUGGGGCCCGGGGAGGGAGCUGGCGCUCGGCCGUUCCCGACGGGGGUGAAGCUGCUCUCUUACCUGUACGAAGAGGCUCUCAACAACUGCAGCAACGAGUAUUACCCCGUUCUCCUGUCCCUGCUCAAAACCAGCUGCGAGCCCUACACCAGGUUUAUCUAUGAUUGGGUGUACAGUGGCGUGUUCCGAGAUACUUAUGGAGAGUUCAUGAUUCAGGUGAACGAAGAGUAUCUCAGCUUCAGAGAUAAGCAUUACUGGACCCAUGGCUAUGUUCUGAUCUCCAAAGAAGUGGAGGACUGCGUCCCGGUGUUCCUGAAGCAUAUUGCUAACGAUGUGUAUAUAUGCGGGAAGACCAUCAACCUCCUGAAGUUGUGCUGUCCCCGGCACUACAUCUGCUCCUCGGACAUUCCGGUCCCCCGCAUCUCCGUCAUUUUCUCCCUGGAGGAGCUGAAGGAGAUCGAGCGGGACUGUGCGCUGUACGUCGGCCGGAUGGAAAGAAUCGCCCGCUACAGCUCCGUCAGCAAGGAAGAGAAGGGACUGCGCAUGGACAUCGCCAAGCAAGAGUUAGCCGUCCACGCCCGGGAAGCAGCGAGGGAGGCCCUGAAGGCCGUGAGCGAUCGGCAGACGGCCGCCAGGGUGGCCCUGGACGCCAAGAAGCGCCGGCAGUUCCAGAGGCUGAAGGAGCAGUUCGAACGGGACCGGGAGCGUCGGCUGGCGGCGAAGCAAGAGGAGGCGGACGACGAUUUCGGCUACGCCCGGGAGCUGCGGGAGCGGGAGAGCCGACUGAAGGCCUUGGAAGAGGAGUUGGAAAGGAAGGCGAGGCAGGAGCUGAUGGAGCGCUACAGCAAGCUGACGGCCGAGGCCGCCGGGCGGGAGCAGCGGGCCCUCUGGACCGUCCAGCGCCACAGGUUGGACGCCGCCCGGCUCAGCUUCCUGCUCGCCGACCAGAAACGAAUUCAGGAAAUGCUCGACAGUGUCGCACGAGGAGAAGCCCCGGGUGAAUCGGAGCACGAGCCCCGGGCGGACCCCCGGGGCGCGGCCGGCCCGGCCGGGGAAGGACCGGCCCCGGCCUCUCAGACCCUGCCCGCUGGUCUCGAGCCCGUGGGGCACCCCCUGCCCUCCCCUGCCUCCCAGGCCGCUGUUCAGAGUCAGGAGGUAGAGGAGGCCGCUGCGGAGGACGCUCUGCCCACCUCCGACUCCGGCCUGAACCUGACCGAUUUCCUUCCGGGCCACACCCCGGCCACCGGCCCGGCCCCGGCCCCGGUCCCAGCGCUCGAGGACGCUCUGCGGGCCGUUGGCGCGGGCCUGGCUCCGGCACCGGCCGGGGACGGAGACGCCCCGGGAGGCUCUCGGGAGGUGGACUACGAUUUCAGCUCCGUCCUGCGGCCGACCGCGGGCGCCGUCCCCGGCCAGGGGGCCGCCGGCGGGGAGGCCGCCCAGCCAGUCCCCGACCCUCCUGGCCACUCCUCGGACUCCCACGUCCGCGUCGGGGGACGCCCGUCCGAGGCCCGGGGCGGCCGGCCGCGCUGGAACGGCCCCGGCCCCGGCUCCGCCGCCCGCUUGGAAGUGGGAGGGUACGCCGCGGAGGCGGGGGCCUCACGGCCACGGGGGAGCAUCCACGGGCACGCCUCCGAUGCCAACAUCAGGGUCGGGGACUACGCGUCCGAGGCGGCCCCCGCCCGGCCGCGGUGGAACGUUCACGGCCACGCCUCGGAUGCCAACAUCAAGGUCGGGGACUACGUGUCCGAGGUGGCCCCCGCCAGGCCGCGGUGGAACGUUUUUGGGCACGUAUCCGACGCCAGCAUCAGAGUGGGAGAGAACGUGUCCGAGGUGGCCUCCGCCAGACCGAGGUGGAGCGUCCACGGCCACGCCUCCGACGCCAACAUCAGAGUCGGGGAGUACGUGUCCGAGGUGGCCCCCGCCAGGCCCCGGUGGAACGUCCACGGCCACGCCUCCGAUGCCAACAUCAAGAUCGGGGACUACGUGUCCGAGGCGGCCCCCGCCCGGCCGAGGCGGGGCGUCCACGGACACGCUUCCGACGCCACCGUCGAAGCGGGGAACCACGUGCCUGAGGCGGCCCCCGCCCGGCCGCCGGGGAGUGCCCUCGGGCACCCGCCCCAGGCCAGCUCUCAGCUGGGGGAGCUGACCCUCUCCGGAGACGGGGCCCCGGAUGCGGGGCAGGGCGCCCCUCCGGCCGACUCCUCCGUCCGGCCGGGUGACACACGUAGCCAGGGGGUGGCCGAGGAGGGUUGGGGCCCCCGAGAAUCUGCUCUAAAGGCGGGGGGGCCGGCGGAGGCAACGGCCGAACCAGCGACGACCAGUGACGAGAGCGAAGACCUCUCCCCGAAUCAGCCCCCCGCCCCCAAGCUCGAGGAGCCUCGAGGACCCCGAGGGGCCGGGCCGGACACCGAAGAAGGGGAGGAGGGCGAGGACGCGACGUGGAAGAGGGAGCAGAGCUACCUGCGGACCCUGGCAGACCAGUACCGUCUGGAGAAGUACCAGGACAGCUACGAGCUCAUGUCCGAGCCUCCGGUCUCCCACCUCCUGCACCACGUGGCGCCGCGGGCGUUCUCCUUCCUCGCCGACCCCCAGGCCCGGCCGGACGCCGACGCCACGGCCGUGCAGCUGAGCGAGCUCCUGUCGCUGCCCGUGCUGAUGAAGCACUCCGUCACCGCGCCCCUGGUGUCACACGUGUCCCUGGUGAACAAGGCCAUCGUGGAUUACUUCUUCGUGGAGCUCAACGUGGAGAAGCACUUCGCGGCCCUGAGGCACUUCCUGCUCAUGGAAGACGGGGAGUUUGCCCAGUCGCUCAGCGACAUGCUCUUCGAGAAGCUGGGAUCGGGGCAGACGCCCGGGGAGCUCCUCAACCCGCUGGUUCUCAACUCGCUCCUGAACAAAGCCCUGCAGUGCAGCCUCCACGGCGACUCCCAGCUCGCUGCCAACCUGUCCUUCGCCCUCAAGUACCUGCCCGCGGGCUUCGCCCCCAACGCCCCCGACGCGCUGAGCUGUCUGGAGCUGCGCUACAAGGUGGACUGGCCCCUGAACAUCGUCAUCACCGGGAGCUGCAUGAACAAAUACAACAAGAUCUUCUCCUUCCUGCUCCAGCUGAAACACGUGACGUGGACCCUAAAGGACGUCUGCGUCCACUUGAAGCGCACAGCGCUGGUGCACCCGGCGUCCGGCAGCGCGCAGUUCCGUCAGCUGCAGCUGUACAAGCACGAGAUGCAGCACUUCGUCAAGGUCAUCCAGGGCUACAUCGCCACCCAGAUCCUGCACGUCACCUGGUGUGAGUUCGGGAACAAGCUGGCCUCCGUCGGCAACCUGGAGGACAUCCACCACACCCACGCCGAGUACCUCAACAAGGCCAUCUUCCGGGGGCUGCUGACGGAGAAGGCGGUGCCCGUCAUGAACAUCAUCCACAGCAUCUUCGGCCUCGUCCUCAAGUUCCGCACGCAGCUGGUCUCCCGCGCCUGGAGCCCCGACCCCUCGGGUGGCUCGCUGCAGCACCCCAACUUCGCCCUCAUCCAGCAGUCCUACAACACCUUCAAGUACUACUCCCACUUCCUCUUUAAAGUGGUCACCAAGUUGGUCAACAGGGGCUACCAGCCCCACCUGGAAGACUUCCUGUUACGCAUCAACUUCAACAACUACUACCGUGACACCUGAGCGGUGGGGCUGGGCCCGGGGCCCGCUGAGCUGCGCCCUCCGAACGGCGGUGAGCGGGGCCACGGGGGAGGGGGAGUGUCAACAACGCUGUGAAUGUGUAAAUCUCCUGCCCCUACUGUGUAAAUUUCCCAGCCCGCGGAGAACGCCUUAAACACACGCUGGAGCACCGA